AUGGAGAGUACUGGAAAGCGUCAGAAACACAAGGCUGGGACAGCCAUACCAGCUGCAGAACAGAAUAAGAGUCGCAAGCGGAAGGCGACGGUCAACCCGAGUGAUACCAUACCACGUGCAAAGCGAAGCAGUCAGCGAAACAAAGACAGGGAGCCGGGAGUCAUCCCCGCACAGAAUGUCGGAGACGACGAUGGCGACGAUGGUGACGACAUCGGAGGAGAGGACGAAGACGAGGAAAAGGAAGGAUAUGGUGACGAACACGAAUUUGGGAGCGAUUUCGAAGAUGGAAUCGAAGAAGAAGUAGAGGAAAGGGUAUAUGAGUUUGGACCUGAGAGAUCCAAGCUAUCUUUCAGGAUAUAUACGCAGAAUGAUCCUGAGGAUGACUCCAGAACCUGGCUGAAAAAUAUUCAUGUCAAUGUCAACUUCGAAGGCAAAACUAUCGGAUACGGUUUGGGCCGAUACGUAAAUAGAGGUAUCUUUCGAAGUCGUUUCCGGGCUGAGAUGGAAGGGCCCUCUCAGGAGCUUUGCGAUGUUGCUUUCGAUUUAUUCAACUCUCACGCCCGUCUCAAACGAGAGCUCAUCAAUCAUCCCGUCCGUAAGGGAACAGGAGUCUGGGGUAAAGAACUCGAUCAUGGAAAUUUUCUCGUGAUCGAAAACGUUCACAUUUAUGAUGCUAGUUGGCGCAGAAAGGGGAUCGGCACAAGAAUCGUCAGGGACGUUAUCGACAAAUCACGCAGAGAAAAUCGAACUCCAGCCUUUUCUCUCGUCAGUCCAGCAUAUCUCAACUCUGAACUUGAGAAAGCAACCAUUGAGAAGACAAAAUUAGAAAAGCACGAAAUUAGAAUCCAUAUGCAAAACGGAAAUGUUGCUUUCUGGCGCUGCCAAGGGUUUCGUCGAAUCGGCGCUUCUGAUUUUUUCGGCCUUGCAACAGACACAAGCCACCCAGCAAAUACGAUUUCUUUAGCUCAAGAUUUUGAUCCAGCAGAUCCGGAGCCUGAUCUCGAUGAUAGUCUAAGUAUCGAAGAGAAAUUAUUCUCAAUAGGUCUCUUUGACACGUCCGAAAGCCACACCCGACAGCUAGAGCUACUUAAGGAGCGACUUCCUCUUCACCAUGCUGUUGCUACCCUCUCUGAUGAUGACUGCGUCCAAUUUUUCAGCGAUUUCAAGGCCAAUAUCGAUAACAAAUCAUAUAACUGGAAUAAGGUGGACCGGCAUUCUAAAAACGUUUUACACGUAGCGGCGCAAGAACUCAAAGUCAAGAGUGUGCGCUGGUUGUUGGAGAACGUGAAUGAAGAACAAAUCCUUUCCUCGCAUCGGACCGUCGACGGUUAUACUCCACAAGAAUGUCUCGAAUCCCAGCUUGAUUCGGCUAGAUCAAAGUUACAGUUGGGGGGCAUGACAAUCGAUGUAUCCGAAAAAUUCGAGGGCUACCCCGCAAGUGCUAUCGAGUGUCUCGCCGCCUUCCAGGGACUCAACAAUCUCUCUAGAGUACAACACGAACGCCUGAAAUUCGGGUGUACAUGCGGGUCAUGUAUAGACGGCUUCUUAUCUACCCGCAUGAGACGUACGCUCCGACGACACGCCGAACUUAUACAUGAUUUUUUGGAAGAGGAUAUCGAUGAUGGAAAGAUAUGGGCCGAUUCAUCUGAAAACUAUACACAAUACGUAGCCCCAGGCCUUCGAGAAAGGUUUAAAACCAACAAAUCUCUAAGGCAAGGGUUUUCGAACCUUUUUCUUUACGUAGCCGAAGUUUUACGAAAAGAUACACCGGCAGCUCCGUAUGUCGAGAGUGUUGAGGCCCAAGUAAGGUCCAGUAGCGAAUGGCCUCCUUGUACCAGGAACUUCCUAGAAAGAGGCCGUGUCGAGAGUGUCUUACGAACUCUUUUCACUAACGCGAAGGCGCUAGACUACGGGUUGAGGGACGACGAGCUGGCCCAGGAUCCCGUGGAAAAUUUUCCCGAGUGCCGCAAUGACCACGAAUUUGAGUUUGUGAUCUCAAUGUGUGAAACCCACUAA